GUUCCUGAAUCUGAUCAUUUGACUUUUCUUAAUGUUUUCACUCAAUGGCGCAAAGCAGCCUACUCUUCCUACUUUUGUACUAAACACUUUAUUCAUGCCAAGGCAAUGCGAAAGGUUCGCGAAGUACGACAACAGAUGAAAGAGAUAAUGGAGCAGCAUAACAUGAUUCUUGUCUCGUCUGGUUCCGACUGGGACAUUGUCCGUAAAUGUCUUUGCUCUGCCUACUUCCAUCAGGCUGCUAGGAUAAAGGGUCUCGGUGAGUACGUGAACCUGCGUACAGGGAUGCCUUGUCAUCUUCAUCCAACAAGUGCUCUUUACGGUAUGGGAUACACUCCUGAUUACAUAAUUUAUCAUGAACUUAUUAUGACUACAAAGGAAUAUAUGCAGUGCGUUAGCAGUGUAGAAGGUCAGUGGCUGGCAGAACUAGGACCAAUGUUUUACUGGUAA